CCCCAAUUAACGUUGAUUUAUUAGAAGGGUUCAAAUCUCGAAAUCGCAUCGUGUCCGUGACCGUAACCCUUCUUCCAAAGUUCCAACUUCCCUCUGCUUCUAAAUUCUAAUGGUAUCUUUCGAUCGAAGGGUUUGUUAGGGUUUAAGCUAAACCUACCCUAAACCCUAAACUUCCCAAUUUCCUCUCUCGAUCUUUCACUCUCUUUCCCCAUUUCAUAAAUUGCGAACCCAUACCCUCUCACCUCGUGCCCUCAGAUCCAAUCACCACCCUCUUAUCACUGAAGUGGGUGGCGUUGUUGAGGUGUGGUUCUUGGUGGGUUUUGGGAAUGAUGAAUAAUAGUGGUUUGGGGAAUGUGUGUUUGGUUUUCAAGUGAUAUGAAGUGCUGAAUAUGAGCAAUGGUGGUGGGAAGACUGGAAGACAGCUUGAUCAGCCUGGCACAGGGAGGAGGAGGAAAGUGGGUGAUGGUGAUGAAUUUGCCCGGGCGAUUGCAAAGAUUGCGGUAGCGCAGUUGUGCGAAAGCGAGGGUUUUCAGGCGUUUCAGCAGUCUGCUCUCGAGACGUUGUCUGAUGUUGUGGUUCGCUAUAUUUUGAACGUUGGGAAGUCUGCACAUUAUCAUGCUAAUUUUGCAGGUAGAACUGAAUGCAAUGCUUUUGAUGUCAUUCAAGGAUUGGAAGAUAUGGGAUCGGUUCAGGGGUUUGCGGGUGCUUCAGAUGUUGAUCAUUGCCUUGAAAGUUCAGGUGUUAUUCGGGAAAUUGUUCAUUUUGUUAAUGAUGCUGAACCAGUUAUGUUUGCACACCCCAUUCCCCGGUUUCCAGUUGUUAGAGAACGGGUGCUUCAUCCAAGUUUUUUGCAAAUAGGAGAAGAGCCUCCUGGGGAACAUAUACCUGCUUGGUUGCCUGCAUUCCCUGACCCAGAAGCUUAUGCACAGUCACCAGCGGUAAAUGGAAGAGGGACCGUACCUCAUGCAGUCAAAUUUGAGCAAGAAAGAGAGAAUGGCAAGGGGGAGUGGCCUCUGAUGAAUUUACAGCAGCAGAUGGUCUCAAAUAUGUUUGAAAAGUCUGCCUUGAUUGAUCUGGCAGAUGCUAAAGCAAAAAGAGUAGCAGCAGCUGAAAGUAACCCGUUCCUUGCUGCACCUUUGAAAAUUGAGGACAAGGAAGUUGCUUCUGUUCCUGCUCCAGCUAAGGUGUUUAAUGAUGUAGCUAUUGAUAAUCCUGUUUUGGGAAAUUUUGUUGAAAAUGAACCGAUUUCAGCUUUGGAGGCAUUUGCUCCAGCAAUUGAAGCGAUGAAAAGUGAUUCCAAGGAAGAUCUGACAAAAUUUGAAAAGCCAACAGUGCGUUUUAAGAUUGGGACUAAAAAUAAAUUAUUAGGAAGGUCCAUUGGUUUGAUCCCACAAAAAGAGGAGCAUAAAAAGACUUUGCCAUGGUUUGCUAUGGAAGAUGAAAAGGAUGACAGGAAAAGAAGGGCUGAAAAAAUUCUAAGGGAAUCUUUGGAAAACCCAGAUCAGCUUGUUCAGUUGUAAAUUAGAUUGCUUUAAUUAGAAUUUGUAUACUUGAUCAGGAGAAUGUCAGGAUAGCUAGUUCUGGGAUAUUGAAAUCUAGGUAACUGUCUGGUUAUGGGCAUUAUAGAAUGGAUGUUACUAUUUUGCUCAGGCAUGUUCUCACUUUAACAAUCUUUCAGGUAUGUGCAUGUCAAUUGCUUGGUA